GCGGCGGACACCAAAGCGGGCGCGAGCUGCGGCGGCAGAGGCAGCGGGAGCUCGCGCGGCCAAGUGCGCUUCCCGCGGCUGAGGGGGGGGGAAGCUCGGACUUGUCUGCUUGAACAGCCGCAGUUGUUGCGCCCCAGCGGAGGUCUGCCUUUCAAUAACUGGAACCGUGAGGUCUGCACAUCUGUCACUGAGGUGUGCUGAGUGGAUACUGUGACCUGCCUCGAAGUUUAAGGACAAUUACAGACGUACCCGAGUGUCUUCUUCCAUCUGGGAGGACAGAGGAGACUCCGCUUUAGAGGAGGCUGGCUUGCAGUUUCUCCGCUGAGCAACUCUGGGGCAGUGAUUGGGGGUGCAGACAGUGGGCUGUCAUGAAUGUGACCAGCCUGUUCUCCUUCACCAGCCCAGCAGUGAAGAGGCUGCUGGGCUGGAAGCAGGGAGACGAGGAGGAGAAGUGGGCUGAGAAAGCAGUUGAUGCCCUCGUAAAGAAGCUGAAGAAGAAAAAGGGUGCCAUGGAGGAGCUGGAACGGGCACUCAGCUGCCCUGGGCAGCCCAGCAACUGCGUAACGAUCCCGCGCUCUCUGGAUGGUCGACUCCAGGUGUCCCACCGCAAGGGACUUCCCCAUGUCAUCUAUUGCCGGGUGUGGAGGUGGCCUGACCUGCAGUCCCACCAUGAACUCAAGGCCCUGGACUGCUGCGAAUUCCCCUUCGGAUCCAAACAGAAGGAUGUCUGCAUCAACCCCUAUCACUACAAGAGGGUAGACAGCCCAGUGUUGCCACCGGUACUGGUGCCCAGAAACAGUGAGUUCAAUGCCAAGCACAGUAUGCUCCCACGGUUUCGCAGCCCCCUGCACCAGCCUGAACCCCACAUGCCCCACAAUGCCACCUUCCCAGACUCCUUCCCCCAAGCUGCUACCCUGCAUUUCCCCCAGUCACCCAGCAACAGCUACCCCAGCUCUCCUGGCAGCGGUAGCAGCACUACCUUUCCCGGGUCACCCUCCAGCUCCGAUCCAGGAAGCCCCUUUCAGCUGCCAGAAACACCCCCGCCUGCAUACAUGCCCCCGGAGGAUCCGGUGACUCAGGACUGCCCCCAGCCCAUGGAAACUAACAUGAUGCCCCCGUCUCUGACGCUGGAUAUCAACAACAGGCCAGAUGUGCAGCCAGUGGCCUAUGAGGAGCCCAAACACUGGUGCUCCAUCGUCUACUAUGAGCUCAACAACCGUGUGGGAGAGGCUUUCCAGGCGUCCUCCACCAGUGUGCUGGUCGACGGCUUCACUGAUCCUUCCAACAACCGUAACCGCUUCUGCCUCGGCCUGCUGUCCAACGUGAACCGCAACUCAACCAUUGAGAACACCAGGAGGCACAUCGGAAAAGGAGUCCACUUGUACUAUGUGGGUGGCGAGGUGUACGCAGAGUGCCUGAGUGACAGCAGCAUCUUCGUCCAGAGCCGCAACUGCAACUACCACCACGGCUUCCACCCCACCACCGUCUGCAAGAUCCCCAGCGGAUGCAGCCUCAAGAUCUUCAACAACCAAGAGUUCGCAGAGCUCCUCGCUCAGUCCGUCAACCAUGGCUUUGAGGCUGUCUAUGAGCUCACCAAAAUGUGCACCAUCCGUAUGAGCUUUGUCAAGGGAUGGGGGGCCGAAUACCAUCGACAGGAUGUGACAAGCACCCCCUGCUGGAUUGAGAUCCACCUGCAUGGCCCCCUGCAAUGGCUGGACAAAGUCCUCACUCAGAUGGGUUCUCCUCAGAACCCAGUCUCUUCUGUAUCUUAGGCAGAACUGCUUCUGUGCCUGUCUCAGACUCUCGGGUGAAAACCAGUAAUGGGCUUCAGCUGAUGCUGGGUGGGGGUUUGUAUUUUACUUGAAGGCUGUCUGAAUCAGGCACACUGCAGAAUGGCAGGGUAACUGUGUGGGCAUCUGGAACAUACUUGAUCUUUGUGACCAACUAUAAUAAUCAUACCAUCAUACUCAUCGCAGGUAUCUCUCCUCGGUCAGUAGUUUUCAUCCUCUCUUAUGAGUUUACGUGACAGUACUUUUCCUUCGGAAGCCUGCCACCUUCCUUCAGUUUUUACAAAGACAUCUUUACAGAGCAGGCGUCAAGGUAAAAAAAAAAAAAAGGCAUAAAGAAGUGAAGAAAGGUUGUUUUACUGGAAUUUUUACUAUUAUCUCAUUGCUCUGUUGAGAUACUGAUGUCAGUCACAAAUGUCUGUAGGCCACUAAUUCAUUAGUGUUGGGGGAAAAUUUUGCACAGAUUGGAAAUACAGACUCUAUUCAGAAUUCUGGUUUAUUUGCCCUACUGAACCUGCUGUGGGAGGAGUCAAUAUGAGGAAAGUGUAUGUGAGGGGCUGGUCUCACCAGCGCUGGACAAUAGUAGUGCUGAAUGGUGGCCUGCUCGUGUUACAGUGGUGUUCCUUUGAACCGAAAUGAGUGUUUCACACGUUCUCAAUCUGUAGUCUCCUUGUAUGUAUAGUUGGGUUAGAGCAGCGUGGCAGGGUUUCACAGGGACGGUGGACAACACGGUGCGGCAAAGAGGAGCACAGCUCUGUUCAAGUUCAGCCCUGGCUGCACGCGGUACAGAUCACGAUUGUCUCUGCAUUUCACCCUGCAGCUUCUCCCGGGUUCACUGACUCGGCGCGACCCGUACACGCCUGUAAAGCUAAAAUACGGUUCUCACCGUUUUGUCCUUUUAGGUAGCGGAAAGAAUGCUGUUUUAUUGCUGAGUAGGCUAAGCAAGUGUUGGCCGUAUAAAUAUUUUUUUUUAUAUUGAAUCCAAAAAUUAAAUUUCUUACUUUAAAUGUUUUAUGCUUAGAAAAACCCAUGAGCUAUCCAGACAUUUUCUACAUUUU